AUGGCGCAAUUGCGAUCGAAGCGGAAGGCCCCUGGUGCCACUAUGCCAGUCCGUUCUGUUCCCAAUGCGCAGGAGAUGCAUCGAAAUGCAUCUACCCUGAGAGUGGUAAAAGGCAAGUACCCGGCCUACAUGGGCUUACCAUUGGGAUACUUGAACCAAUUGGAAGAGAGGCUGGCAGAGACCGAGUCGGCCCUUUACGGAGCUUUGAUGACCAUGCGUUCAAUGGGGCAACCAAUAGUGAUUCAAACCCCAAAGACGGAUACUUUGCUCAAGCACAAGGCAGCUCGCAUGAAAGAGUGGUCUCAGCUUCCCCUCCGAGAAUCGCCCGAUAUGGAGCGUUGGCUGACCGUCAUGUCGGACCGGUUUACCAUUGAGCAAUCAAGUGACGUCGUUUCAGACACACCGGGACGUGGCUACGCGGUUCCUAUGACUCCUAGCCAUGAUAAAUCACAGCCCUCGGGAGAUCAGCCUCAUUCCGGACUAGUCUCAUACGCAUGGCAAAGGGACAACAGGGUCAGUUCGGUGGGUUCGUACGAUGCUCAUCAGCCCCACCCUGGGGUGAUAGCUUCGCAGGCAUAUUUUGGAGACCAAGUCGCGGUGGGGCCUGAAUCAAUAAUGCCAUCUCCAGGUAGUUCCCGAGACGGAAUAACUAGCGUCGAGGAUGCUGUGGGUAUCUCGGUGGAUGCCAAUGCAUCUGCAGGGUCGAGCAAAGCGGAGGAGCUAUCACACAAUAACCCGAGACUUUACUUUUAA